AUGUUUCAGUCGCUCGAAGGUGAUACCUUUUUUUAUGGUAAUGAAGUCGGCAACACUUUGAAAAGAGACUUCCACUGUUAUAAUGAGAUCGGAUGUGGAUCCAUAACGCAAAGUAGUAGCGCUAAAAGGCUGAAAAAGGCCAAAGACGGCCAGUCUAGUGCACAACCUACGCCUGAGAACUCCAGAAGCCCGUCGCCUCUGAUAGACAGCACGCUGGAGGCAAUAGCGAUGAGCACGCGAACCGACUCAGGCGCCGCCCGCGAAUCUUCGCCCUAUGUCGAGGUGGAAGACUACAUACGUGAAGGUUACGGAUCGCCGUUCAUCAACGGCGCUUACAACACUAGACUGAGUUUAGAAAACAUCACGCCGGUCAAUUAUAGCCUGUACGACGUGGAGGCUGAAGAGUUCGAGGAAAGCGAGUUUGCAGGGACGCAUUUGAGAAGAAGUCAAGAAGAAUCGCGAGAGACCAGUCAGGAUGUGGAAAUGGAGUGA